GAUCAUGCUCCGGGUAUAUGCAUAUUGGGUAUGGGAGAAGAUUCGUGUCAGUGAACACCGAGACGGUAAGUAUGCACUCUAUAUGACGUUAUUUAGCUUGGCACUGCCUUUCAGGUUUGUUCAAAUUUCAUGCGUCCAGGAUCUAGCCACCCGACACCAUACGACUUGACCCUCCCAUAUCAUGGAUAUCGUGGGCUGGCAUGCUCAGCGCAGUGCCCAUAAGGAAGCACGACAUUUCUCUGAAGCCCAGAGAGGGCCAGACGGGACGUAUCUGCCUGUAGAGGAGAUUGAUCCACUCCCUGAUGGGACUAAGCUCGCUCAGGCUGACUUUCGCGUACCACCCUCGGCAUCCCCGACUCCUGGUACUCUGACACCUCCUGUUCCUCCAAAAUAUUUUCCCGAGAAUCUUGCCCACAAUGCAUAUGCUUCUACUGGCCUUUCUAUUGAGCAGUCAGUCUCUGGUAACUCCAGCGUCUCUUUGGCUCAGAUGCCUGCAGUCGAACGUUCUAGAGCACAGAGACUGGCCAGGAUGGAACCCCACCUUCAGCUCAUGGUCGGGCCCCUUUUGCGUUACGAUACAGUUGACGAAAGCGGUCUUUGGCGAGGCGCAGCUCUUAUUGUCACCGCAGAUGCAGGAUCUUCCUAUGAGCCAUUUCCAGUCUUAACUUAUCAGUGGGACCCUGAGGAGAUUUCCCGACCUUCUCUGAAGACGCAGGGAUCUCGUUCGCUUUACGACCUUGGGCCGCACCCUGCGGAUCCUCACGCCACUGCAAUGGCUGGACCGUCAGCCCAGUCCCCUGACGCGAACGAGGCUUACUUCGGUGACUACAAGGGAAAAGGAAACACGAGAGACGAUCAGACCCAACAUGUAACUGGUCAGGAGAUUUAUGUCUAUGCAGGGAAUGGAGGCACCUUUACGUUUUGGCGAUUCCCCAUCCAGAUACAACUAGGUAUCAAUGAAAUCUGCAUCAAGUAUAGUGUCAAUGGCGGCAUACAACUGUCCUUCUUCGUGCCUGCUCGUCAUCAGAACAUGCGCUGGGCAGCCCAUUCGUGUAACGGUUUCAGCGCUGGUGUAAAUCCGGACGACUUCAGGGGGCCGGGAUUUAAGAGUGGUUAUGACCCUAUGUGGAUUGAUCUCUUGCGGAAGCAUGUCGAACAACCAUUUCAUGUGCUUGUGGGAGGAGGCGAUCAGUUAUACUGCGACUCGUUGACUCGAGAGCCUGAGAUACAACAAUGGAUCUUGGCAAAGCCCUCCGCGAAGAAAAAAAUCCCUUUGACUAGUGAAAUUGUCUCAUGCAUUGACCGUUUUUUCUUCAAUCAUUACUGUAGCUCCUUCAGAAUGGGAGCGUUUGCGAGGGCUAAUAGUUCGAUUCCAAUGUUGAAUAUGUGUGAUGACCACGAUUUGAUCGAUGGGUUUGGGAGCUACCCUGAAGAGCUUCAACAGUCUCCUGUGUUCAAGCAUAUCGGAACGCGAGGCUACUUUUUCUAUCUGCUUUUUCAAUGCUUCAUCCAUCCUCAUCACGAUGGAUUGGACGAUAGAACAGGGAAGCACAUGUUCAAGUCACUUAUUUUGGGGGCUCAAGGCCCCUAUGUCGGUUUGCCGUCGCAUUCGUUUUUGUCUUACCUGGGGCCUGAUGUGCAGAUUCUCAUGUUGGACUGUCGGGCCGAGAGAAAAAGGACCCAGGUCUGCAGCGAGUUUGAGUACCAAAAGGCAUUUGAACGAAUUAGGUAUUUACCCUCGGACGUAAAACAUCUCGUCGUGCAACUUGGCAUCCCCAUUGCGUACCCACGAAUGGUCUUCCUUGAAACUGCGCUAGACUCCAAGUUUAAUCCCUUAAUUGCCCUUGGACGCAGCGGAACCGCGGGGUUCAGUAGUUUUGUGAAUAAGUUUAACGCGGACGCCGAGUUGCUGGAUGAUCUAAAUGACCACUGGACCGCGAAGUCGCACAAGAAAGAGCGCAACUGGUUUAUUCAACAGAUGCAAGGAAUUGCAAGGAUGAAGAGUCUGCGUAUUUCCUUUCUUUCUGGAGAUGUGCACUGCGCAGCCGUAGGGGUUCUUAAAACACUGGUCCGCGCCAAUGGAGGAAAGAACAACCGGACGAUUGAUGUUCCGCCCGAAACUGAUUAUAGAUACAUGAUUAAUGUGGUAACAAGUGCAAUCGUCAACGCACCGCCGCCGAAUGGGGUGAUCGCAAUGGUGUCUACUUUGGCGACUAAGACUCAUAGAACGCUGCAUCACGCAGAAACUGAUGAAGUCAUGCUUCCUAUUUUUGUGAAGGAACCAAAUGGUAACAUUCGCCUCCAAAACAAGUAUAUAAUGGGGCGACGGAACUGGUGUGCGGUCUCGUGCGAUCCUCAAACACAAGAACUGGAAUUUGACAUUCGCGUCGAGAUGGAAAAAGGGAUUGGUGUCAGUGCUAGCUAUUCAGUCCGAAGUCCUCCCCCCAAGUGGUUUCCUGGAACAUAAUACUUGGUGUUUCAUAUUCAUGGUUUAUGACACCGUUCGGUGUUGCAUUAUAUACUUGGACUGUCGAUGGCAAUUUUUAUUUACUCGAAACUUCGAGUUUACUUCCUUCAGGUGUUCAAGGACAAUGAUGAGUACUAGUAGAAGGGUUAAUUAAUAGUACUCAGGUGCAGUAAGCUUAAAGUCACGUUUGCCAUCGGUAG